AAAUAAAAAGAGAAUACGUAAUUUUUUUUGUACGAAAUUCUUUCGUUUCGAGUGAAAUAUAAAUUUCAGUAGCGAGACUGCGCAGAUCGUGAAAGCGAGAACACACGAAAAUUGAGUUGGUAAAAGUGUUAGUGAAGGCAAAAGUAUCGAUACUAGUGAGUUGAAGCAAAAGUGUAAGAAUGUAUGUGUGACCCCGUCCAGUUUGACGGCGCCUCCCUAUCGUCCCCGCAAAAAUGAUUGUCCUGGCGUGAAAGAGAUAGCAGUGCGGCAGAUAUAGAGGGGGAAUAAAGUGAAGCAUCAGCGGCGAGACAGAAAGAGAUACCAGGACGAAAUGUGUAAGCAUUAUUGACGUGCGAGUGACAGGCCAACGGGCAGUGUGAAAAAUCGACAGCCAUUCGUGGGGGAGUGUUCACGCAUUCAACAUCACGUACUAGUACCUGCUAUAUGUUCUCCAGUAGUGGUAGUUUUCCAGUUACAAUAGUAGUAGUGGUGGUGUGUAGUAUUGAAGGUGUUCUGUGAAGUAGUGGUGGAAUUUGGGGGGAGGAUCCGACGAGUUGGACGAGUCUGACAGAUCGUAAACACCAUUGUUCACGUUCUUCAUCGCGUCGUGUGUAUCUUCAGUUCAAAUUACACAGCACGUGGUUAACUAUCGAUCGACUUUCUUAAUACUCAGUCACAUCAAUUCUUCUCUAAUUAUAUUUAUCAAAAGUCACAUCUAUCAAAAAAAUAAAACGAAAAAUACUUUGGAAAAUUUGGAGUCAAAAAAAUAAAAAUCAACCGUUGAUGUAAUGUGAAAUAAUUGAAUAUUAUUAUGGUGAUAUAGUUGUGAAAUAGUAGAGUUUGAUUAAUAUACUGACAAUAAAUAAUACUUUUUAUAUUUAUUGCAAAAAAAAAAAAUUAAGUAUUAUGAGUUAUAUGGAAAGAGGGAUAAGGCAGUGAAGGAGCAGUAGAUUGUGAGGGAGAGUCUCGAACUCAAGCUAAAGCCUCUCAAGUGGUGGCUGGUAAAACACGAUGGAGUCUGUAACGGAGGAAUGAUAGGAUGCAAGAGGGUAGCACCGCCGUGGCGCUAGCAAUGGUGACUCCUGGCUAUGAUCAGGACCCUGCAAGCGGGGUAGCCGACUAUACAACUCACCAAGACCAAGCACAAUUUGAAGCUGAUAAAAGAGCUGUUUAUAAACAUCCACUUUUUCCCUUGCUGGCGUUACUUUUUGAAAGAUGCGAACAAGCAACGCAAAGUUCCGACAAUUCAACGUCCGAAAGUUUCAACAUGGAUAUUCAGGCUUUUGUCCAACACCAAGAAAGAGACCGAAAACCUUUCUUAAUAAAUGACCCAGAGAUUGACGGUUUGAUGAUAAAGGCUAUUCAAGUUCUGAGAAUUCAUUUAUUGGAGUUGGAAAAGGUUCAGGAAUUGUGCAAAGACUUUUGCAACAGGUAUAUUGGUUGUCUAAAGGGGAAAAUGCAGAGCGAAAAUUUAUUACGAAGCGACUACAGUCAUCAUGGGCACGAUAUGGGUCCAUCAAGUGGAAGCAAUGGCAGCAGCCCAUUACAGGUGCUGUCAUCUACAGGCAAUGAUGUUGAGCCGGGAACUAACGGACUCGGAGUGAGCAGAGGAGAUACGCUGUCGGACAACGGCAGCACGAGCCAGGAUAUGGUCCAGGUUGAAGGAAUUGUCGAGAGGCCUUCUUCAGCUAGAUCAUCCUCUGUUGCUCAACGUUCCAUUCGAUCCGACAGUCAGGAUCAAGAUGAUCCUCUGUCACCGUCUAAUAUUCAUGGCAGCACACCUCUUUCACAAAUUGGAGCGCAUCCUUGUGCAUCUGUUAAUGAUAUUUAUCUUGGUCAAGAUAUUACAGUUCCAGGCUCGCCUUCACCAGCCCCUAGUGAGGAUGAAGAUGAGGGAUGUGGAACAGCUCCUUCAAGUCACAACAGUGGUAAUGGCGGGAUUCGUAAAGGAAGACAAAAAAGGGGUGUGCUACCGAAACAAGCCACAAGCAUAAUGCGCGCAUGGCUCUUUCAACACAUAGUCCACCCGUAUCCAACAGAUGAUGAAAAGCGUCAGAUUGCCACUCAAACAAAUUUAACGUUACUUCAAGUGAAUAACUGGUUCAUCAACGCACGUCGGCGAAUUUUACAACCAAUGUUGGAUGGAGCAGGUGCUGAAGCACUACCUCGUAGUAGUAAAAGACAUAAAGUGAUGAAACACGUUGUACAACCGCAACAUCAAAUGCAGCAACAGCAGCAUCAGCAGUCACAACCACAACCAGGCGGUUGGCAGUCAGAAGAUUCAGGAAGCGACUCAGGUUCUAGCGACGGUGAUGGAGGUGCUGACAGAUCUAAAGACGGCAAUGAAAGUGAUGAGGAUGAUCUCCACUGACCUUUGCCGUUAAUUAUUAUGUCGACAACCUCUCUACGGUACCUUCGAACCCAGUUGCUCACUACAGUAUUAAGGUUUCCGAGGUUAGAUAACGCUUUAACUGUCAAAUACGUAAUUAAUCACGCGAAUAUCAGGGAUACGUGGCUUGGAGUUAUCACGCUCUCGUGCCGGCUGUCAAUGACACUUAAAUCAAAGUUUAUUAAAUUUUUUUUACAGACUGAAACGAGUCAUAAUUAUUUAGUUAAUCAAAUAUCAGUCAAAAAUUCAUGUUUUACUUAAAAACAAAUUCUCUUAUAUGAUGAUAAAUUACCAGUUAUCAUCAAAUCAUUGACUAAAUUACUUUCAUUAUUCUCAAUAUUUUUAUUAAUUUAUCAAUUAAUACAAAAAAAAAAGAAAACAUUAUUAAAUUGUAUAUCAAUUUUCAUGAAAUUUAUUAUCUAAAUUACGUCAAUUAAUGAUUUUAUAAAUAAUUCUUUUGAAAUAGUGUGAGAUAAUUGAAUAAUUAAUUAUAAAUAAUGAGAUUUGUUGGAGUAAAAUGGAUUGAAUUUAUAAAUAUAAAUAACAUAAGUGAUAAAUAAUACAAUGUGCCAUCAGAGAGUGUGGUAACUUUUACACGUAGUCUUUUUCAGCUCUGCAUCGUCGUGACGCAAAGUGCUGUCCCUCCAAGAUAAUGAUAAUAACAAUAAAAUUAAUAAUAAUAUUAAUAUUAAUUAUUAACGAUAAUGAUAAUAAUAAUAUUAAUAAUAUAACACUUCUUAAAUUAAAAUAUAUAACGAUUAUAUUUUUAAACUCUAAGUGUCGUCUCUGUGCAUGUGCCGCAGCUAAUGGGCCUCGGUACUGCUGUACAUAUACUAUACUGAGCAGUUAUUAAAAUUAUAUUUAAAAAAAAAUAAUAAAAUAAAACUUAUUAAUAAUGAUUUUUAAGACUAAAAA